AUUUUAAAAAUGAAGGUUGCCUACUUUUUGAUCUCUUUUGCUGCUCUUUUUGUUUCGUUGCCUUUCGCUGAGUGCACGGUUAAUUGCAUGGAGUAUUGGGAAUCGUGUGAUGGACUUAGUGGGAAAUUCAGCGUGUGUGGUUUUUGUAAUACUGGUUUGUAUGUAUCAUGUGUUGAAAGAAACAAAAUGUUCAGCAACUGUCCAAAGCUAAGGAUUCGUUUGACGACUCAACAAGUGAGAUUUGAUUCUGUAAGUCAGAAUUGUAUGCUGUUGUCGCCCUCAUGUGUGGAUAUCAAAAUAAAAACUAACACAGCGAUUUCAGCGCCAUCUCCGUCCAGCUCCGUCCCAAGUUCUCCACCUGUUUAACAGUAUGUUGUUAAACCAGAGGCCCUGCAUGUCGCCAUAUAAAAAUACGAACAUUUUGGAUUCAUGAUAUAAUUGCUCACUUUUAUUUAUCAGUGACUUUGUAUAUAAUAUAUACGAUUAUAGGCCAUGUGUCUGUAUACUAGUAGUUGCAAAAAAAAAAUAAAUAAAAUACCUCAUUAUAACAGACAACGAUUAUGUUAUGUCCCAGACUAAGCCAUGUGUCUGUAUACUAGUAGUUGCAAAAUAAAUAAAUAAAAUACCUCAUUAAAACAGACAACGAUUAUGUUAUGUCCCAGACUAAGUCAUGUGUCUUUAUACUAGUAGUUGCAAAAUAAAUAAAUAAAAUACCUCAUUAAAACAGACAACGAUUAUGUUAUGUCCCAGACUAAGUCAUGUGUCUUUAUACUAGUAGUUGCAAAAUAAAUAAAUAAAAUACCUCAUUAAAACAGACAACGAUUAUGUUAUGUCCCAGACUAAGCCAUGUGUCUGUAUACUAGUAGUUGCAAAAUAAAUAAAAUACCUCAUUAUAACAGACAAUGAUUAUGUUAUGUCCCAGACUAAGUCAUGUGUCUGUAUACUAGUAGUUGAAAAUAAAAUACCUCAUUAUUACAGACAACGAUUAUGUUAUGUCCCAAACUAAGCCAUGUGUCUGUAUACUAGUAGUUGAAAAUAAAUAAAAUACCUCAUUAUAACAGACAACGAUUAUGUUAUGU